AUGGCUAGCACUCAGCUCACCGAGGAACAACUCCAGCAGAGUGUGGUAUUGUCGGACGAGGACGCCGAGUACGAAGACGCCCCCGCGGCUCCUACCGAAAAAGCCUCCAGAAGCACCGAAAGCCCAACGAAUUCCAACACCCAUGAGGAUGCCCUCUCAGACGCAAUAGACGUUGUGGAUGAGGAGAGGGACGCAAGCAUAGUUGGGGAAGACUUGGAAAUGAGUGUAAAUUCGGACGAAGACAGCGACCUCUCCGAGGAGGAGUCUCUUGAUGACGACACUGACCAUAACUUUGACGAGGAGGACAUAGACCCUCACUUGAAACAAGAUAACGGGGAGGAGGGCUCAGCAGUCGCGCAUAGUCCGGGUAGCAGCCUCUUGGAUGACCUUGAAGAAGACGAGGCAGAAGGCGUUGGCGCUGUCAAGAUCCGACCGGGAGAAACCGACGAUGAGGCCGAGCUAGAGAGCGAGCAUUCCGACUCGCAAAGCGAUUCUGGUAACGAAUCCGACGGAGCUGCAGCAUGGGAGGAGGUUGCCGAGGAGGAUGAAGAUGAUGAAGACGGAUCAGAGAAUGCUCCAACUACCAAGUGCGUGUUCUGCAAACAAGACGAAGAACACGACCCAGGCGAGGAAUUCGAGGAAUACUUGACUUGUGUGGGAUGCGGCGACAACUCACACCAACAUUGCGCCCGGGAAGCUGGAGCCCUCAGAAGUCCUUACAGUCCUCCCCACUGGAAGUGUCUUGAAUGCACCGCAGCAGAAAAUGAAGCGGUCAUCGAACCUGCGGAUGAAAUACCUUACCGGCCCAAUCCUGUGCCCGAAGUUGAACUAGAAGUGUCUCCCUCUUCUCACAGGCCGACGACAUCUGAAGUAGCGCGGGAAAUGCUACCUGCGCAAAUCGCCCCCACCGAUCCUGAUUCCCUCUCAGUCUUCAACCAACCUGUCUUGGAUGGUGAUCGGGUCCUUCGGAAGCGCAAAACAUCCUCCGUCGAGGCGGAUGACAUUGUUAUGUCGCUUCGAAAACGCCGGCGAAAUACCUCUAAAGAUCGUGAAUCAAGCCAGGGUGCAGGUGCUUCUCAAGACGCUCCAAGCGAGGCAGUAGAGAGAGAAUCCCGCCGCAAACUACGUUUGAAUCCUACCAGAAAAGCACAAGCAGUGACCAUCAUUCGCCGCCAUCGUUCAACAAUCGUUAAGAUGCGCGUACAGCCAUCUGUGCUCAGUCGCCUUCUCUCCAAAAAGUCUGCAUCAAAUCGAAAAAGGAGGGAGUCGGGGACGUACUCCCGUAGGGGUAUCACAGCUGCUGGAUCGACAUCGUUUGCUUCGUCAGAUUAUUCGCAUCCAUUCUAUUCCUUCCUCGACCGGGAAACAGAUGACAUUAAGACCAAACCAUACGGUGGGAUCCUCAGCGAGGCCGAAGCGGAUACAUCGAGGACACUGCCCACCAAUGAUGACCGCCGACGUUUUGACGAGGCAAAGCAGAAGGCUGAGGAGGUUUGGAGGGCACGCCUUCAAAGUGUCCAGAUCAGUCUAGGGACACCCGCUAAGAAAUCAAAGAAAAGCUCGGGGCCAGCGAGUCAAAUUGAGUGCAUCGACUUUGGCGGUUGGGAAAUCGACACUUGGUAUGCCGCUCCUUAUCCUGAAGAGUACAGUCGCAAUCGAACUCUUUACAUUUGUGAGUUUUGCCUCAAGUACAUGAAUUCGGAUUAUGUUGCUUGGCGCCACAAACUCAAGUGCCCGGCCAAACAUCCACCUGGCGAUGAGAUCUACCGGCAUGGAUCCAUCUCUGUUUUUGAGGUUGACGGUCGAAAAAACCCGGUGUACUGCCAGAAUCUCUGCCUAUUGGCAAAACUUUUUUUGGGAUCCAAAACACUCUAUUAUGAUGUCGAGCCGUUUUUAUUCUACGUCUUGUGCGAAUAUGAUGCGCUCGGUUAUCACUUUGUUGGAUACUUCUCAAAAGAGAAGAGAGCAAGCAGCCAGAACAACGUGUCUUGCAUCCUCACGCUGCCCAUACAUCAGCGUAAAGGCUAUGGCAACCUGCUAAUAGACUUCUCAUAUCUACUUACUCGCGUUGAGCGCAAGACAGGAUCACCCGAGAAGCCACUAUCGGAUAUGGGUCUAGUCUCAUAUCGUAACUAUUGGAGGUUGGUAUUGUGUCGCUAUUUUCUAGACCACGUCUCUGGUGAAAAAGUGGCGGCUGCCGGUCUAAGCAUACGGCGGAUCUCCGAUGAAACGGGAUUGACCCCCGACGAUGUCAUAUCUGCCCUUGAAGGUCUCCGAUGUCUUGUCCGCGAUCCACACUCGGAGUUGUAUGCUUUUCGCGUCGACCUGGCUUAUUGCAGUGAAUACAUUUCUAAGUGGGAGCGCAAAAAUUAUGUCAAGUUACAGCCCGAUGCGUUAACCUGGACACCGUAUGUUAUGGGACGGGGCAACGCCACAAACUUCGAAUUGGGGCCUGCCAUCAGCGCGAUUGCACCGCGUGAGGAAGACGAGAUGCAAAAGCCUGUCGAGGAAUCACUAUCGGUGGUCUCUCAUUAUGAGCUGGCCUCAAACGGGUGUUCUGUUGAUCAAACAGUGGAAAAGCCUAUCACUAUGGAACCUGCGCCGUCUGAUGUCGUUGGUGUCGCUUGCGAAGAUCUAAACGAAAAUGCCCACCCGCAGCUGGACGUCUAUGAAUCAACAGAAUCGCAAGAGGACGGCUUCGCAAACGAAGACAACGAGCAAGAUGUGGCAAUUGAAGAUACAUCACAUGAAACUUUGGCGAUCCAGGCUAUUUCCAGACAGCUGGUAGGAGAUGAUUGGACCGCCUUGUACAGAGAUGUUCCUCCGUCGAGAUUCGAAGUCUACCCGCCACCUGGAGGCCGCCGUUCGGACCGACCGCGAUCAAGUGCUUCUCGGCCGGCUGUGCCUCGAAGCACGAGCAACAGCUCACGACCACGACGCUCAGUUGGCGGCAGUGGCAGCACCCGAAGAUCAACAACAAGCCGACCCAAGAGCUCUUCGUCGUCGUCUCGAAGGAAGACUGGGGGAACGGGGCGUGGACCAGGUCGAUGGCCUAAGGGCACCAAAAAAAGCGAUUAUGGCAACGCCGACAGUGGGCCCGGUCUCCCGCCGGCCUGGAUUAAGGAGAGGGCACGUCUUGCAGCACUUACAACAGGCAAGGGCAGUGAAGGGGAAGGAUCCAUAUUAGAAAGUAAGGAGACCAUUGAUGUGGCUCGUGUGCAGUUCGAUGAUGGUGCACGGAUGUUAAGGGUUACUGGCGGAGAAGAAACCACGGGGAUUGACACCGAUCACAAAGGUGGUGAGGGCUAUCCAGAGGAUGAGUGA